AUGGCGAGUCUCAUAGGGGGAACUUUGUUCGAAAUCAGCGGACAAGGGCCAGCUCCAAUGAAGGAUUACUUCCAUCUUCAAAUAACAAAAACAGAAGUGAUUUGGAGAUGGUGGAAGAUUUCUUUGAGAAGCGAAAGCACAAAACCUGGAGAAUUCAGGGAGUCACACUCUGAUUAUCUGGAGAACAGCAUGUUACAGAGCCAGGUCAGAGUGGCAUUCGGUACUCGCAUCAUGCAGCAUACUCAAGCGCUAUGUGAGGGACACUUCGAUUACCUGGAACGCCUUCCCGAACGACUCCUACUUCGGAUCAUGACCUACCUCAAUUUAGAAGACAUUGCACGACUUGGACAAACGUCUCACGCUUUCAGAAAGCUGUGUGUCUCAAAUGAAUUUUGGGAACACACUUUCAGGGCUCACUACAACACAGUUCCCGAAGGUGUGGAGAUGUUGGCCAGUGAGCUAGGAUGGAAAACUGUUUUCUUUACCAGUAAGCUUCAGCUGCAGAUGCAAAUAAGUCGGCGAAGACAAAUGACUGAGGAGGAAAAUUGCCAAGAUAGGAAAGAGUGCACUAUUCCAAGUUUGAGCUACAUAAGUGACAAUGACCGAGGGGAUUGUACUACCCUGGAGUGAGAAUCCCUCUUCUCUACAUACAUAUCGUACAGAGAAGAUUAACUGGAGCAUAAGUAUAGAUCACCAUGACAAAAAAUAGUUAAGGUGAUUUCCACAUCAUGUUUUGGAAUUGCAUACACUGAUUUUGUAUCCUGAACGUUGCUUGCAGUUGUUAAUGAACAAGUUGUAAUCCUCA